GUUCCUUCUCGGCACAUCGCUAUCCGAACCAAGCUCCAAAUGCACAACCCCUCCGAAGCUAUACAAAGCUCCCCCGCCAAACGCCGUACACAGGAUUCCUCCAUUGACAACAGCAGUACACACAGGAGCUCCAUUCAACCCAAACGGCUCACUCACUCGCACACGGCCCCCUUCCCAACUCAGAGCUGAUUACCUUGAAGAGAAAGUUGAAACGAGAUGGCAUCAAACCAAGGACCCCGGCGUAUCGGACAAUGGCUAUAUCUCCGACCAGAGUGUAUCGACGAGUAUAAGAAAUGUCAUGCGGCAGUGUGGCCAGAAGUACUAGAACAGAUCAAAGACAGCAAUGUUAGGGAUUACUCUAUAUUCCUCUCUCUCUCGCCUCGACCCACUCUCUUCGCCUCGUUCAAAUACGUCGGAAACGCGUUUGACGAGGAUAUGGCACGCAUGGCCGCCAACAAAAAGGUGCAAGAGUGGUGGGCCAUGACGGAUGGAAUGCAAGAAUCACCAGUUGAGGGGGCGCAGGGGAGCGCAAAGGGACCGGGAUGGUGGGGACAGACCGAAGAGGUGUUUUAUGUGGAGUAGAAAGGAGGAUGGGAAACAAGGACAAUGAGAACGAAAAAAAAAGUAAAAUAAUUGGUAUCAAAAUAAGCUACCGGACAUUGCGUCUCCACUCGACACACCCAUGUCUUCUGUCCAAAGGAAACCAAACAACCUCUCAGUUUCUCCUUCCCACGUCCUACAUGCUGUGACAUUGAAGACAAACGUGCCACGCAAUUAAUGCUUCCCACACUAACACACGCUAUGGCUACCUCGAUGCCACACCUUGGCUCUAUCUGUCUGUGCAGCCUUUACAACGGCUCGUAGUCGGCACUGGUAUCUCCAACCCAACCAUACCAC